AUGGUGACACCAUUUUCUACCGUGCCCAACAAUGAGAAAGAUGCUGCGAAAAGCCCAUUGACACCCUUUCGUAAAGAAGGCGACACCUAUCGGCUUCGCAGAGAGGUCGAGGCAAUGGAAUAUGUACGAGAUCACACAUCAGUCCCUGUACCCGCUAUUCUCGAAGUUCACUUGGGCAACAACGAUAAAGACGGCGGAUGGAUUUUAAUGGAACGAAUCCCCGGGAUGCAGCUCGAUGAAGCAUGGCCAGUCAUGACAGAAGCAUCAAAAGCACGAACAAUCUCCGAACUGAAGCAUCACCUCUCUCAGCUACAUCGCAUCCGCCCAUCUGAACAGGGGUGGAUUGGUUCUUGCUCGGGGGGUCCAGCAUAUGAUCAUCGCAUCGAUAACAUGGCUACAUGUGGUCCAUUUGCUUCGGUCGCCGAGUUCAAUGACUUUCUCGUCACCCCCAUCAAGAAUUGCCCCCGACCAGAAUGGGUUGCGAAAUACCGCAACCAACUUCCUGAUGACUCCAGCAUCGUGUUUGCACACGUAGAUAUCUCAUGGGAAAAUAUCCUUCUUGCACCCGAAACCGGAGCUGUUACUGGUAUUAUUGACUGGGAGAUGGCGGGAUUCUGGCCUGAGUGGUGGGAGUACAGAAAGGCCUUGUAUGGAGGGCGGCCGCGGGAAUGGUGGAUUGCCAUUGUGAAGAAGACCAUGAAGGAUUAUGGUGAAUUGACUGCGGUAGUUAUGGACAUUGAGAUGUUCUAA